GUAGUCGUUCGGUAAUCUUCAAAGGAAGAAUCUCCGCAAGUUUCGGGAAAGUAAUUUUGAAGAAAUAAAAUAUUCAUUUGAAGUAUAUAAAAUUUAAUAUUUUUGAAAGUGAAAGUCCAGAUCAAAUCAUAAAGAAUGAAUUUGAUGUUUCGAAAGAAUUUCCGUGAAGGAGGUUCGAGUGCAUCCAAAUCAAGCGCAACAAAAUUAACUAAAACGAAUCGUACUGGUAAAAGAUCUCGUGAUAUGAGCUACAGCGGACCAAGCACUGAUGAGUCUUUUACGCAAUAUCGAACACAUCUCUUCUUCAAUGCUAAUCGGUCCGGUUAUCAGGACGACAAUGGAGAGUUACGAUGUAGUGCCAUAUCUUCACCUAUCUCACCCAGCAUUGAGCAUACGAACAUCAUUCCUGCAUCCAAUGUUAUUGAGCACGGAGAUUUCCUGGAUGCAUACAGCACCUCUUACCAACCUCUCAUACAAAGAAAUUCAAUGGGUAAUAUUAAAUGGGAUUGUGGAAAUAAUGAUAGAAGUACUAGUGAAGCACAAACUCCUCAAGUAGUUACAGGCACAAAAGUUAGUUUUAGUGGACAAAAAAAUGGCACUGCCACAGGAGCUUUCGUUUCUUCUCGAAGCGAACCUAUUUCGUUAUCAACGCUUGAUCGCGAUUGUUUUAUAAUUCCUGUUCGGAGCUUAGAGAGAUUUAUGCCAGCUGGAAUAUCCUUGCCUGCAGCUGCACCAGAAACCAAAGAUCCAACAUACAAAGCCAGUUCCUUAUCAGUACUUGAAGUUUCUGAUCCUAAAAUAUGCAUUCUCGCACACCUAAUGAGUCCAUUGGAGCCACUUGACCCACUUUUAGAAUCCCCGCUUUCACAUCCACUUUUAAAGCAGAGAGCUGUAGCAUCUGAGUUAUUACACGAGAUUCAACAGGGAAACAAUGCAUCUGGUGGAAUGUUACUAGCGAAUAUGGAACGACAUGGUAUUGAAUAUCAAUUAAAUAUCUAUCAAGUUGUAAUUAUAAAUGUUGUUAUUGGUAAUUUAGCGGAAUUUCCAUUUAUCGCUUAUUAUACUAUCAACACAACGCAAACAGAUCCUUCAACAUUUUAUUCGAAUGUACGAGGUGCUUCUCUUACUAAGUUUGAACCAAAAAACACAAGAUACACGGCAGCUCAUACAUUAGACAUUUAUAGUGAAGUUGCUUCUAUUUGUCGACCUCCUUUGCUAUUGGCACCAAGUGAACAAGCAAAUUUAAAGAAAACUCCAACGACAGCUUACAUUAUUAGUGUAUACAAGGUUUUUGAAGGUGAUGACGGUGAAAGAUUUGAAAGAAAUUGGCUAUAUUGGACAGGUGCUAGAAUGUUAUAUCGAUACCUGCCUCGCAACGCAGGUUUACGAAAAAUUACGUUGCAUAAAUCUGUAGCAAAGACUGGUGACAAGAUGUAUCUUCUGAUAUGUGAAUGCUCAGAACUUCUUAAAGAUUUGUCAGCAGCUGCUUAUUUAGUUCCGGCUAUGAGGGCUCGACUAUGUGGAUAUACAGCAAUUUAUAGGCCUAUUCAAACUUUUUAAUACUUUCGCCUUUUCUCAAUCUAUUAAAUUUAACUGCGAUAUAUUGUUAAGAAGACUAUUUAGAAUGAAUAGAAAAGCUAAUGACAUUCUGCUCAGAAAACUCUUUUAAAAAAUCUUAGAUUGAUAUUAAAAUCGCACGACAUAUCGACCAAAAUAUUUUCACUUUAUAAACAGUUUUCAAAUAAUCAACUGCAUCUGAAAAAUGCUCAAACUUAAGAAGCUUUCUUAAUACCUAUUGCAAUCAAAACUAAAAUAUAUUAGAAACUUUAAAAUAUCUACAUCAAAGACUUAAAAGUUUUCUAGUUUUUAUUAAAAUGAUUCUCGUGUUCAAAAAACUAUAAAAAAACAAAGAAAAGCAAUACCAAAUCAUUUUAAUAAAUUUAAUUAUGAAAUGUAUUUUAUAAGACGUUGAUUUUUAGUCCAGAGUACGUUAAUAUUAUUUAAGUUUGUCAACAGAUUUGAGAUAAAUUAAGUAAAUCGUUAUUGGAUUUUGUUUUCUUUGAGAUUAUUUUAAGUGAAUUCAUCAAAUGAAUUAAUAUUUUA